CAUAUCUUGAUCGAUUCCACGAGCUCUCGUUAUCGUCAUCGAAUCGUCGAUUGCCUUUACCAAUUCCUCGCCUCUCCACGAUCGCUUCCUCCUCUUCUUCCCCCGCAGGCCUUCGAUCCAGCAUCGCCGAUGGAUCCGCUGGAUUCCCCGCGCCUCGUCGCCAGAUCCAGGUACGAUCCGCACCCUCCGCCGCCUCACCACUUGGUGGAUCCCAAUUACUACUCUCAUCAAUCCCACCACCACCACCACCACCAUGUUUCCUUCCCCUCGUCCACACCCUCGCCGCAGCCCUAUCCUAGCCAUCACGCCCGAUCUCUCCGCCACGAGCACGAAACCCGCCUACCCGUCGUCGACGGCGGCGGCGGCGGCGGCGGCCGCCUUCGAGUCCCUUAUCAAAUAGAUCCGUUCUCGCAGCUGCCGCUUAGAUUCCCUGACCGCUCGCCCCUUCCCGAAGAUCGCUACCCUUCUCUCCGGCCGCAUCUCAUGGGCCACGGAGAGAAUUUCGUGCGAGAUUCCCCGGAAAGUCGUGUUUUUAAUGACGAUAGAUUUAGGGUGGUCGUCGACGAGAGCCAAGAUUUGCUUCGGUUGAGGUGGGAGGAUGAGGAAAGGCGGCAUCAUGUGGCUUGUUCCCGUGCAAAUCUUUAUAGGGAUGAACUUGCUGUAGAUUUGGAAAGAAGGAAGAGACCUCGAUGGUUGGAAGACACUGAUCUGGAGGAGCACUUGGGAGGUCCAAGUAAGAAGCAUCUUAGGGUUUGGGACAAAGAGAUCGACCAUCCUCACCGUAUCUUGCUUCCCAAUCCUUCUACAAUUCCACCGUGCGCCUCUUCCCCUAGGGCUCCACGGGACUUUGUUGCCAUAGAUGGAAAGAGGGAAGCUGAUCAUGUAGCUGAAUGGCGGUAUUUGCUGCCACCGAUGAAAUCUUACUCUGAUAUAGAUAGAGAGGAUAGCACAGGAGAAAGACCACUGCAUAUGCCUUUUUAUUCGGAUAGGAAUAGGGAUAUAGGUAGAGAUAGAGAGGAUACGAGAGAACUUGGUCCUAUUUUGGAGCGACAUCUUAGGUCACCAUUUCCCACAAUGCGAUCUCAUGGCAAUUCUUAUUCUCACAUAAACAGGCAAUUUGAAACCACUUCAGAUGUAUAUGAUGCACCCACCACACGCACAGUCUAUUCCUGUGAGGAAAAUUACGUUGGAGACAACAGAGGUAAGAGAAAGCCCUCCAACAAGGAGAAUGACCAAAUCAUAAUAUGGUCACCAGAGAAACAAAUUGCAAUGAGGCCCAGUGCUACGUUCUUCAAUAGAGGGAAGGAGCAAAUUAUAGUAUCAACAUCCAGUAAGCAACCAGCAAAGAGGCCUAGUGCUCUAUCUAGGUUACAAUCUGGGGUAUCUGUCUGGAGCAGACUACAGGAGAAACCGUUGUUUCACACUUCACCUUCUGACUUAGUUUCUCAGCCCACUACUUCUGUAAAGCAUCAAUUAGAAGUAAUCACACCUAAUUUCUCACUAAAAUCAAGUAGUUUGGUUGGUGAUGCAUCUUCUCCGAGAUCAGCCUUACUUAAUUAUGAUGGAAAAGGUCAGGAGCGGUCGACACCUAAAAGGCUAGUGAAAAAGAAGUUGGCAAGGAAGGGAGAGGAAUUUGCUAUUCCUGUUGAUUCUGGUUCAUUGGUUCUUGAGGCAAAGGAUGGAAUCUCUAAGAUGCUCACACUGAACACUUCUCAGAAAAAGCUAGAUGAUCCAGAAGCUUCAGAUAAUCAGGGAAGUUCCUCUAUUAAAGAUGUAAAUAAUGCCAGCCGUCAGAAUUCUUCAAGGAGGGCUAUUAGCACUGUGACAAUGGAUGAGAACAAAGGGCAAGAGUUGAUGGAUGAGAAAGUAAGGGAAGAAGAAGAAACUUUACAUUCUGUUAUUGGUGGAAGUGUCAAAGAAACAAACUGUAUCGUAGAAAAACAGGAAAUUGAACUUGCUACUUGUGUUAAUUUAGGGUCUUGUCAGUCAAAAUUGGUAGACACAGAGACUGCAAAGCAGAGUGUUUUGACUGAUCCAUCUAGGUGUGAUGAAGAGGAAAAGGGAAAGCAAUUUAUUGAAGUUGGUCAAACUCUUGAUCAAAAUUGUGCCAAUGCAUUACUGGAUAUUGGAGAUUUAAACACUGGCAGUUCAAGUCCCAUCAAUCAUGUCAGUCUUGAGGGUAAACUAGAUGAUGAAACUGAGCAAUUGUCAUCGGCUCUCCAGGCUCAGAACACCAUAGAUGAGAAUCAUGAUAGUCAAAAUUUUGAGGGGUCAGAUGACAAUAAGAAAGUGGGAGGCCUUGACAAAGAAUUUGUUACAUUUUCCAGUGAGUAUUCUUCAUCACCACUGAGAAAGAGUGAGCAGUUAGUCAUGCCAGUUUGCCAUAUGACCUCCUCUUUAACCAGUCAUAGCAUCUUUGGUGACAACUUAAAAAUGAAACAGCAUACUAUUGGCAACCAGCACAUAGAGGUUGAUGUUGAUGCAAAAGAGCUCAAGGAAAUUAGUGGAGGUAACUCCACAAUGAGUGAUGUUUAUUUGUGCAUGGAAAUACAAAAUCAUUUAGUCAACUUUCCUCCACAGUUAAUGGAUACAGCUUCAGAUGGAUACCUUCCAGAUAUUACCACAGAUGAGAAAGAUGCCUGCCUUGCCUCACAUGCUAAUGUCAAAUCACCUCAAUCUGAUAACUUGAAACCUAGGGAGGAAGAUUUAGUAGAUUCAUCCAUUUUCAUGUGUGAAGUUCAAGAUGCUUUACCUUGUGUAGCUCCAGAACGGUUGCAUUCAGGGUUGGCCGAUAGAUAUGGUUGCAGUGAAGAUGGUUUGAUUAAAGAUAUUUGUGACCAAGAUCAGAAAGUUAUCACAGAAGACAAAUAUUUGUUGGCUUUCAGAGAAUCCUUGGCACCAGAAGUUGAAGGUGCUCUGAACAUUAGUUGUAAACCUAUGUUUGAGAAAGAAACUGACUUAUUAUCAGAUGAUACUGCGAAACAAAAAUCCAUGGAAUCAAAAGAUGUGAAUGGACAAGAACAUUUGAACCAGAAGACAAUGCCAACUGUUGGACUUCCAAAAGAUACUCCAAUUCGAGCUAACUCAGUUAAUUGUUCCAAGGAAUCAACUCAAUCACACUUGAGUUUGAGACACAAGACUUGGCAUCGAAAGGAUGCUCCCUCUUCAAUUUCUCAGGUGAUUCUACGAUCUCAAAAAGGUGGUUCAUUGUCAAAACUAUCCCCAAGGAAGCUUGGAAAGAUUCAUAAUUCUUAUGUUCGUAAAGGUAACAGUCUUAUUAGGAAAUCAGCUUCUCAGCCAUCACAGUCUCUGGGAAGUACGAGAAAAUUAAACAAAGGUAUCACAGAGAAAAACAUUGUUUAUGGAAGUCAUGGUUGUGCAAACAAUAUUCUUGCUCGCUCUAAUCCUUCUUUUGAGAGCAAACUGUCUACAGAACCUACACAGCCAUCACAGUAUUUGGGAAGUACAAGUAAAUUGACUAAAGAUAUCAUGGAGAAAAGCAUGAAUUCUAGGAACAAUAUUCUGUACUGCCCUAGUACUACUUUCGAGAGACCAAAAACACCUCCUUUGCCUCUUGCUGCAAAAUUAUCAGAUUCCACCUUUGUUUAUUCGUCUGAAGCUCCUCAUGGCUUGUCAGAGAAUUCUGUUGCUGAAGCUACAACUGAUGUUCAGGAUAAUCCACUCAUUCUGCCUUCUGGUGGUAUCAAUGAUCAGAAUGACACAAGUGAUAAAAUAUGCGAACCUUUGGGUAAGAGUGUGAUAUAUGUGAAACACAGGUCCAAUCAGUUGGUUGCUGCUUCAGGGCAUAAAGUCAAUGAUUCAGUUAAUUCUUCUUUGGAUAAGAGUCCGGCAUUAAUUUCCUCAGCUUCAUCUGAUUAUUACUAUAGGAAAAACAAGAACCAACUUAUAAGGAAUGUCUAUUCUUCAGAAGGUCAAAGUAAUGUUGUGCUUCUUCCCGGAAAUGGAAACAUGAGUGGGCAGAAGGUUUCUGUAUCUACUGUAAAUGGUGUAACUUCUACUCUACCCAAGAAAAAAUUGAACAAAGCUCAAGACAAACGACAUAAGUACUCCAGCUUUUCUCAUGUUUGGACAUUGAGUGGAAAACGACCAUCUAAAAAGAGCAUCUCAUCAUUACCUCGUAUAAAGGUUCUUCCCUACCUAUUUCCAUGGAAGAGAGCUACAUUGCUACAAAGUUUGAAAAUGCAAUUUGCAAAGAAAAAGGAUACACUCUACACACAGCGAACUGAUGGGUUUUUUCUGAAGAAGUCUGGGGUAUCACGUCUUGGUAGAUCUAGUUUGAAAUGGUCAAGGUCCAUGCAAAGACGCUCAAAAGUAGUCAAUAAGGAGGCUGAAUUGGCAGUUGCUGAAGUUGAGAAGAAGAACAGAGAACAAAACAAUCUUUUCUCCAUUUCUGGCCUUAAACAUAGUAUAAAUUCCGUACUUAAUGAGCAGUCAUGUGCUAAUGAUCAGGGAAUCAGAAACUACAGUGUAUCUUCGGUUCCACAGAAAUUAUUGGGAGGCAAUAACGAGAGAUAUAUUCGGAUAGGUAAUGGUAACCAGCUUGUCAGAGAUCCAAAGAAACUUACUCGCAUCUUGGCCAGUGAAAAAGUUAGAUGGAGUUUGCACACCGCCAGAUUGCGCUUGGCAAAGAAGAAUCAAUACUGCCAAUUCUUUACUCGGUUCGGCAAGUGCAAUAAAAAGGGAGGGAAGUGCCCAUACAUUCAUGACCCAUCUAAAGUUGCCAUUUGCACCAAAUUUCUUAAUGGUUCAUGUUCAAAUAUGGACUGCAAGCUUGCUCACAAGAUCAUUCCAGAAAGAAUGCCAGAUUGCUCCUACUUCCUACAAGGUUUAUGCACCAAUACAAGUUGCUCUUAUCGGCACGUAAAUGUCAACCCCAAUGCCUCUGUCUGUGAAGGCUUUCUUAAGGGAUACUGUGUUGAUGGUGAUGAGUGCUGUAAGAAACACAGUUAUGUGUGCCCCAUCUAUCAAGCGACAGGCAAAUGUCUACAAGGAUCCAAGUGCAAGCUUCAUCACCCAAAAACCAAAAACAAGACAAAGAAGAGGAAAGACACCGUGGUACAAGGCAACACCUGGGGGCGUUACUUCGGUUCUGACAUUAGCUUGGUUGGCGAGCCAUUGGUAGUUUCUUUAGAUAAAAAAGUUGUAAAGAAGGCCAAUGACCUAUUCUGCAAUGGUCAGUUUACUGAGUUCAUUGCCCUUGCCGCUGAUGAAAUUGACGAUGAAGCAAGUUUCAUGGUCUCUGAGGAUGAUACACAUCCAUCCCACUUUGAAUCAGGCAAUGAUGCUUUGCAGAACAAUGACCUUGAUGCUUUAAUCAAGCCGAUUCGAAUCAUGAGAAAGGAUUAUCCACCACUACCAGCCUCCACAAAUGGCUCAUAAAGUGAUGAUCACAAACGAUUCUUUUCCUUUCCCUGCUAACCGAAUCCAUUCUUCCAUAUUGUACUUUUCUUCCCCUUUUAUACUGAUUCCUUUUCAGGUUGGAUGAGUUACUGCCUUCUCUGCAGCAGUUGUCUCGGCUUGGGGAUGGGACUGAAGUUGGCUGGAGAUCCAGGUAAGAAAGUGAUCUGGAAUGUCAUCACUCAACUCUCAGCGUCGUGGCAAGCCAUGAGAUGGUUUUGAAACCUACUACGAUACGUCAAAGACUUGUUCAUAGAACAGCAAACAUCCCUGGUUUUUCUAUAGGCAGUCUAACCUAUAAUACUGAGAGGGAAAACUUAAUGAUGUAAAUGAUGUUGUUCAUACAAUGGAAACUGUGGAUCAAAGUUUCGGCAAUGAUAUCUACUGUGGACCGUCACAUGCGGAUUCCUGUGCA